AUGAAUACGGGUAUUUCGCAGGAAUUGCAAUUUAUCCGCUGGCAUCGACAAUACUCAUCAACACCACCAACAAUGCCAACGACAGCCGUAGUAACACCAACCCUUCUUCAACCCGAUCCCCUCCACCUUCCUACAAAACUGGCUACAUUACCCGAUCAGACAUGCUUUAAUACCUUUUCGCUAGAACGCACAACACAACAAGCAAACAUGGAGCCACAAACCGUACAGGGUGAACCAAAUAUAAUUGAACAAACACUCCUUGAAACCCUAAACUCCAGCAAAGACGAAAACUCUGAAACCACAUUUGAACAGCACGAAAUCUCGGACAUUAUUAUGAGUAUUAACGAAUCUCAUUUCGAACCAACAAUUGCAAGUCAAAAUAAAGCAAUAACCACAAACGGUGUUGGACUUGGACAAGGUAAAAACAUUUUACAGAAUGAACAUGAGAAAAAAAUAAAACGACGACGCACGAAAACAGGGGUUCGAGGCUCGGGUAGACCAACCAACGACGCAAGCAUUAUGCAUAUAGAUGGUGACGAAAACGAAGACAUCAAAACUGAAGCCGCAUUAGCACUUAAAGAACUACAGCAAUUGACCUCCGCGGGGAGGAUAUGA